AGCCCGGACAAGCCCUACCUCCCAGGCCAGCCCAAGUCGCUCUCUGGCAUCGCACUGCGAGCCUUCUGCUUGGGCAUUGCCCUGACCGCCGGCCUGGUCGGCACUGCCACCGUGCUCGCACUCACAGAUAGCCCGCUCUGGCGCCUCCCCUUCUUCCUGACCGCGUUGUCUACUUUCCACUUCCUCGAGUUCUGGACCACAGCCGCCUACAACACCCGCGAGGCCGACGUUUCGUCCUUCCUGCUAACUGCCAACUGGCCCGCCUACGCCAUCGCCCACGCCGCCGCCUCGGUAGAGUGCCUCCUCACCGGCGUGUUUUUUCCCCACCGCCACUGGGCCCCCGCCCCACUCGGCGCCGUGGGCCUGCUACUCGGCCUGGCCUGCGUCGUUGUUGGGCAGGCCGUGCGGUCCGCAGCCAUGGUCCAGGCUGGCCCUAGCUUCAAUCACAUCGUCCAGCACACGCAGCGCCGCGAGCACACACUCGUCACCACGGGCAUCUACGGGACUCUGCGCCAUCCGAGCUAUUUCGGCUUCUUCUGGUGGGGGCUGGGCACACAGCUCGUCAUGGGAAAUGUGGUGUGCUUUGUCGCCUACGCUGCGGUGCUGGGCAAAUUCUUUUCAGCAAGAAUCAAAGUCGAGGAGGGUUUCUUAGUCAAGUUCUUUGGGGAGGAAUAUGUGAGCUACAGGCGAAGGGUGGGAACCAAGAUUCCAUUCGUG